AUAUUCCGGACACGUCUGUUUUUAACUGUAAAAAAAUUAAAGGCUCAUCUUUCUUUUGAUGUCAUUUUAAAAAAUUUUUGACACGUUGGAGCCCUAUUAAUUUAAUAAAAUAAGAUGGGCCAAAAAUUUCAGUACGAUGAAAGUGGUGGAACAUUUUUCUAUUUCUUACUAUCAUUUUUAGCUUUAAUUUUGAUUCCUGCGACAUUUUACUAUUGGCCGAAAAAGAAAAAACGAGAUGUUAAAGAAGAUAUUAAACUGUGCAAUUGUCCACCAUGUAUGUCGAAAAGAGACCAUUUAAAGAGAAUGGAACCAUGGAAGGGUCCCAAGAAUUUUCUAAUUAAAUUAGUAAUCAUAUGUGGUUGGAUAGUACUAUUUUUUCUAGCUUAUAAGGUAUCUCAAUUCGAUUACGAAAUGUCUAAUUUUGACCCUUAUGAAAUAUUAGGAAUCCCUCUUGGUGCUAGUCAAUCUGAAAUCAAAAAAGCCUACAGAAAACUAUCAUUAAUCUUGCAUCCAGAUAAAGACACUGGAAAUGAGAAAGAAUUUAUGAAACUAACGAAAGCUUAUCAGGCUUUAACAGACGAUGAGGCGAGAAGGAAUUGGGAAAAAUACGGCAAUCCAGACGGUCCAGGAGCUAUGAGUUUCGGUAUAGCCCUACCAUCCUGGAUCGUCGAAAAAGAAAAUAGCGUUUGGGUCCUAGGGCUCUACGCUCUUGUUUUUAUGAUUGCCUUACCCACUGUCGUGGGCAUGUGGUGGUAUCGAAGUAUCAAAUACACCGGAGAUCAAGUGUUACUAGAUACCACACAUUUGUACUUUCACUACUUUAACAAAACUCCCAACGCUUUAAUUAAACGCGUCAUUAUGAUUUUGGCCGCCAGUUGGGAGUUCGAUAAAAAGCACAACUCUGAAAUCGAAGAAAGACAGUCCGACAAUCAAGAAGUUCCCCAACUCAUUAAGAAGCUUCCUAAUCUGGGGGAAAAGAAUAAAGAAAAACCGUUGUGUUAUUUGUACAGCAUCAAAGCUCGUGCUCUAAUUCACGCUCAUUUGAGCCGGAUACCUUUGAACCCUCUAACGUUAGAACAAGAUAGACGAUACGUCAUCGGAAAGUGUCCGUUUCUGAUCAACGAACAAGUCAACGCUGUUAAUGAACUGAUUAUUUUGGCGUAUUCAAGAAGAAUCCCCAGAUUACCGCCAAUAGAGACCAUAGAGAAUUGCAUGAAGCUGUCUCCUAUGAUAGUACAAGGCCUCUGGGAUUUUAAAUCGCCCCUGUUGCAACUACCGUACAUCAACGAUGAGAAUUUGAAAUAUUUCAUGUCGAAAAAACGCCAGAUAAAAUCUUUGCAACAGUACGCUCAGCUCAAAGGCGAUGAAAGAAGGAAUUUAUUGAAGAGUUUGAGCGACGAACAGUACGACGAUGUGAUGAAAGUGUUGGGGAAGAUGCCUUAUGUUGAUUUUCAGAUUCAAGUCGAAGUUAUGGACGACGACAACCCUAAUGAGGUAACAGCAGGUGCUAUCGUAACAGUCACUGUUACUCUAAUCAGGAAAGAUAUGAGCGUUCUCUUCGGAGACGAGCUCGCUAAAGACACCACCGAGAUAACGGAAAAUGGUGGUAUCGAAGAUGCAAAAGAAAGUACCGGGGAUGGUGCUAACGAAACCGUCGUUAAGAGACCUGCAUGGCUCAAGCAGAAGAAGGGCGGUAAGAAAACGAAGAAAUCGAAGCCGGUCAACAAGCAGGCGAACAAUGUAGCGCCCAAGUCGAAGACUGAAGAUUCACCAAAGCCAGCUGCGACUAAGAAAAAAGAUGCGUCUGCUUCGUCUAAGCACAAGGAGCACAAAAAAGAUGAAGACGAAGAAACUGAUGAAACAGAUGAAAGUGACGUCGAGAGCGCCGAACACAAUGAUAAAUCUUCGGGCGAUGAAGAUGCUAAUAAAUCGAACGAAGAUGACGAUCAGGAAUGGGAGAAGUUCCAAAAAAUCCGCGGAAGAGAGAGGUCUUUAGAAGGAAGAUCUAAAAUUUCGCACACGGUUCACUGUCCUUAUUAUCCGUUCGAUAAGCAGGAAUAUUGGUGGACCUACAUUUGCGACAGAAAAUCCAGGACGUUGCUGACGGCGCCCUAUCACAUUACUAGUCUCGUCGACAAAGAAGUCGUCCAUCUAAAGUUUACAGCGCCACAUUGGCCACGUUUGUACACUUUCACCGUGUGCCUCAGGUCCGAUUCGUACUUGGGCUUCGAUCAGCAGAAAGAGAUCAAGUUGGACGUGAAAGAAGCGCCGGCAGAAAUCACCGAGCACCCUCAGUGGGAGUUCGGGGACUCUGAAGAGGAGGAUCCGGCCGAAACGAACGAUCGAGAAUCGGAAUACGCCACGGACGAGGAUUUACCGGACGAAUAGGCGUUGGUUUUUUGUCCGACGGGAGCGUAUUUAUUUUUAUAAUUAUUGUUUUUCUUUUUUAAUUCGAUAUAAUAGGUUGUUUAAGAUGAGGGACUGAAUACCAUAGGUUAAGAUAAAUUAUUGAUAUGAAAUCUUUCUAUGGGAGCAGAUUUUGUUGGGGGAAAUAUUGGAACGUACUUUUAAUCAUUUCGUUGUAUUUUUGACACGAUUGAAUCCGAGAGAUAGGCUUGUUAAUCGAUUAAUAAAAUGAACAAUGAGGAAAUUUAAAAUAUGAAAUUCGGUGUUUUGGAUUAAAUAUUCAUACAUGUAAUAUAACGAUUUCUAGUAUA